AUGAAACUUAAAAGUUCGACUUGCAUUAAGAACUUCUCCAAAACCAUAUUUGAGUCCAACCUUGCAUCCCAAGAAAGAGCUGUUGGAGUUGGUUAUGUUGCUUUUAAGCAGCCAUCGAAGGAGACAUUACAAUGGGACAACAUAGUGAGAUUGGGUUUCGAUAGCAGCUCCAGCGCUGCCAGUAACCCGGGCAAAACGCCCCCCGACCAAGCCCAAGGGCAGGUUUUGCCUAGGCUUCAGCCCGAGGGCGGUGACGUCAUCACGCGGUAA